CCCCGCCACCUCCCUUCCCCGGGCUCUUGCAAUGGACUCUCCCAGCGCUCAGCGUGUGUGGCGGAGGCUGCGGCGCUAGCGCUGGUACCCGCGAGCUGUUUUCCUGCCACAUCCCUGCCGGAGCAUCCUCCCGCGGCUGGAGCGGAGCGCGGGGCUGAACCAGGUCCGGGGCUCCCCCGCGCCCCCUCCCAGCCUUUGCCACGUGGAUGGGUGGCGGCGCCGCCGCCCGGCCCCAAACACCCCACUGCCGACCACGGGCGUGAGGGCGCAGCCCUGACGCAGAACCCCCCCCUCAGUCCCGCACUGGUGUCUCAGCCCAGCCCACCGGCACCAUGGAUGAGAGCUUCCGAGACCGGACGGCGUUCAUCCGGGGCGCCAAGGACAUCGCCAAGGAGGUGAAGAAGCACGCGGCCAAGAAGGUGAGCAAGGGCAUGGACCGCAUGCAGGACGAGUACACCAAGCGCUCCUACACCCGCUUCGAGGAGGAGGAGGACGACGAAGACUACCCGCCGCAGGACGGCUACUACCGGGGGGGCGAGGGGGCCAACGAGGAGGAGGGGGCCUCCAGCGAUGCCACCGAGGGCCACGAUGAGGAGGACGAGAUCUACGAGGGCGAGUACCAGGGCAUCCCCCGGCACGACUCGAUGAAAGCCGGGGAGCGGCUGGGGGCCGAGGCGGCCGCGGGCGCCUUCGACGACACCGAGGGGCAGCGGCGGAAGGACAAGGAGGAGCUGGCGCAGCAGUACGAGCUGAUCCUGCAGGAGUGCGGCCACGGCCGCUUCCAGUGGACCCUCUACUUCGUCCUGGGACUGGCCCUCAUGGCCGACGGCGUGGAGGUCUUCGUGGUGGGCUUCGUGCUGCCCAGCGCCGAGAAGGACAUGUGCCUCUCCGACUCCAACAAGGGCAUGCUGGGGCUCAUCGUGUACCUGGGCAUGAUGGUGGGCGCCUUCCUGUGGGGCGGGCUGGCCGACCGCCUGGGCCGACGGCAGUGCCUCCUCAUCUCCCUCUCCGUCAACAGCGUCUUCGCCUUCUUCUCCUCCUUCGUCCAAGGCUACGGCACCUUCCUCUUCUGCAGGCUGCUCUCGGGCGUGGGCAUCGGCGGCUCCAUCCCCAUCGUCUUCUCCUACUUCUCCGAGUUCCUGGCGCAGGAGAAGCGCGGGGAGCACCUGAGCUGGCUCUGCAUGUUCUGGAUGAUCGGGGGCAUCUACGCCUCCGCCAUGGCCUGGGCCAUCAUCCCCCACUACGGCUGGAGCUUCCAGAUGGGCUCCGCGUACCAGUUCCACAGCUGGAGGGUCUUCGUCCUGGUCUGCGCCUUCCCCUCCGUCUUCGCCAUCGGGGCUCUCACCACCAUGCCCGAGAGCCCCCGCUUCUUCCUGGAGAACGGCAAACACGACGAGGCCUGGAUGGUGCUGAAGCAGGUCCACGACACCAACAUGAGGGCCAAGGGCCACCCCGAGAGGGUCUUUUCGGUCACCCACAUCAAGACCAUCAAGCGGGAGGACGAACUCAUCGAGAUCCAGUCGGACACCGGCACGUGGUACCGGCGCUGGCUCGUCCGAUUCCUCAACCUCUCGCAGCAGGUUUGGAGCAACUUCCAGCAGUGCUUCGCGCCCGAGUACCGCCGCAUCACGCUGAUGAUGAUGGCCGUGUGGUUCACCAUGUCCUUCAGCUACUACGGGCUGACGGUGUGGUUCCCGGACAUGAUAAAGCACCUGCAGAACAUCGAGUACGCCUCGCGCACCAAGCUCUUCACCCGCGAGAAGGUCCGGCACUUCACCUUCAACUUCACCCUGGAGAACCAGAUCCACCAGGGCGGGGAGUACUUCAACGACAAGUUCAUCGGCCUGAAGAUGAAGUCGGUGACGUUCGAGGACUCGCUGUUCGAGGAGUGCUACUUCGAGGACAUCACCUCCAGCAACACCUUCUUCAAGAACUGCACCUUCAUCUCCACCGUCUUCUACAACACCGAUCUCUUCGAGUACAAGUUCAUCAACAGCCGGGUGGUGAACAGCACCUUCCUGCACAACAAGGAGGGCUGCCAGCUGGACUUCAGCGACGACAACAACGCCUACAUGAUCUACUUCGUCAGCUUCCUGGGCACCCUGGCCGUGCUCCCCGGCAACAUCGUCUCGGCCCUGCUCAUGGACAAGAUCGGCCGCCUCCGCAUGCUGGCCGGCUCCAGCGUGAUGUCCUGCGUGAGCUGCUUCUUCCUCUCCUUCGGCAACAGCGAGUCGGCGAUGAUCGCGCUGCUCUGCCUCUUCGGUGGCGUCAGCAUCGCCUCCUGGAACGCCCUCGACGUGCUCACCGUGGAGCUCUACCCCUCCGACAAGAGGACGACGGCGUUCGGCUUCCUCAACGCCCUGUGCAAGCUGGCGGCCGUGCUGGGCAUCAGCAUCUUCACCUCCUUCGUGGGCAUCACGAAAGCUGUGCCCAUCCUCCUGGCCUCCACCGCCCUGGCCCUCGGCAGCUCCCUCGCCUUGAAAUUGCCGGAGACCCGCGGGCAAGUGUUGCAGUGAGGGGGGGGGGGGGCACACGGGGAGAGGACCCCCCCCCCCCCAACCCCCCCCCAGCCCUAUA